ACAGCCGCGGGUUUAGGAUGGCCACCAGGCGAGAUGUGUCCCAAGGAGGCCGAGCCAGCUCCUGUGUAAGGCCCCAUGCCCUUCCCGCUGCAGCUGCAUCGGCAGCCCUGGGGACUCCUUCUGUUGCCCUGAGCCCACAGAGCAGGGCAGCGUUUGCUGAUGGUUUGAGCCUUUCCUAAAUUCCUGUCGGGCUGUCUUAGACACUUGGGGUGAGGGAUUCCUUCCAACCUGGGCCAUUUUGGCUGGGCUGGGGGCAGCCCCAGGGCUGGUGGCAGUGUGUGCAAGGGCCGUUAGUGACACGGUUCAUGACACGGUCACUAUGGCAUGGAACAGGACAGGGUGUCAAAGGACCCUUUGUGACAUGUGGUGAUAUAGGAGCUGGCGGUGACAUGGCCACGCCACAGUGCUCGGAGCACGCGACGGGACAGGACAGGACAGAGCGGUGCCGUGAGGAGCCCCCGCACAGCGCACUCGAUCCUGCCUGACCCGGAGCUUUUCUGAGUGCUACUCCUGCAGCUGACUUUGCAGCCAGACUGCGGGACUGUCUGCCUCACAGCUUUCCGGAGGAAUCUCUCUAGAAGGUGACCUAGAGGCCAGACUUCAGCAUGGCAGGCAGAUUUCUCAACGUCUUCAAACUGUUCAGAAGAAUAAAAAGGAGAGGAUCUAGAGCUGAUCCAGCUCAACAGCCUGAAGAGCCGGAGCCAUCUCAGCCAAUGCAGGAUGGUGCAGCCAUGGACCGGACACAGGAGCAGGAACCCACCGGUGGCCUCUUUCCCAGCACAGUGCAGGAAGAGACCAGCACCAUGGGCGCUGGGUCCAUGGACAAUUGUGACAGUCACACCACCAACACCAGUGCUGCCCUGCUGGAUAGGCCUGUAGAAGGUGGUUUGCCCAGUCCAAAGCAAGUGCCUGCCAUGGUGAGGUACAUCCACCAGUGGCUCAUGGCCAAUGAGUCUCAUGAGCACAGGCUGCACAGGACCCUGCUGGAUCUCACUGAGGCACAGCCCACUGAUGUGGUGAUGACUCUCCUGCAUGUGGCCCCAUCGUGUGACAGAGCUGCUGAGACCAUGUGGAAGACCAUCUUGUGCUCGAGCAGGACUGCAGUGUCGGUGCAGCUGAGACUCCUGGAUGUGCUGGGGAACUGGCCAGAGCACAGCACGUGCACCUCCGAUGGGGACACAAUGAGAGUCUUUGCCCUGGCUGCAACUGUGGUGAUGUGGAAGUUCCUCCAGAUGCCCUGCAUCCCACAUGUAGAGACACUGGAUUUCACCCGCCUGUUUGUCCACCUGCUCUUCCAAGUGCUCUUCAGCACUUUGGACAUGCCAGAGGAGGUCGAUAAAUUGUGGAAGGAAUGCCAGCAGCAACACGGCCUUGCUGCCAGCCCCAACAGGUUUGCAGUGCAGACCCUGAAGUCCCUGCUCUGCCGAAUGCAGGGUGAGCGUGUGGUGAUGGCAAUGGAGCACAAGUGUGGCUGGGACAUGCUGCUGUGUGCUGACACCCACCACUAUGCUGUGGGUCUGCUGGCCAGAGUAAUGCGCUUUUCAUCCAUAGCCCGGUGUUCUGGGAUUGCAGUGUACCUGCUAAGGCUGCUCAGCAUGGAGGUGCCAUGCUGGGAUCUUGCUGCCCUGGCAUUCAUUGUGGAGGUCCUGGAAUGCUUGGACGUGACCAAAUAUGGGACCAGUCUCUUGGAGAUCAUCUCAAAGAACCUGCAGAGCGAGUGCAGGGAGAGGCGUCACCUGGCACUCAGAGGCCUCGUGGUGCUGUGCCCCUUGAAUCCCCGCAUGGUGAAAAGGAAGCAGCUGCUGAAGCCCUGCCAGCAGCAUGAGGCUGGGGCAAAAGAAAUGUGGAGCCUGACUGAAAGUCUUGUGGAGCUCCUGCAGGAAAACGACAGCGACGUGGUCAGGAUGAGCGUCGUUGUACUGAGACAUUUGUUCCUGUGUCAUGGUGCCCCUUUACGCAGCCCCAUCGCCCUGCGGCUGGCUGAGGCGCUCCUGCCACUCUUUGACAGCGAUGAUAGCCAGGUGCAGCUGUGUUCAAUGAAUAUUUUUCAAGAAAUGAUGGAGUUAGUAAUGGAAGAGGAAAGAAAGGCCCUGAAAUCACAUGUGCAUCAGAGCCUGUUCCCACUCACUUUCCACUGCCAUGAUGAGAAUCCGUAUGUAGCAGAGGCCUCUCGGGAAACACUGCACAGUUCAUCAAGAUUUCUGAAGAGGAGGGAUAUUGAACAGAUGCUGCAGGUGGAUGAGACAUGGAGGUUCGGCGAGGGACUGCUGGCAGAGGACAGGAGCCGAGCGGCCGAGCACCUGCGCCAGGCCCUGCCGUACCUGCGGAGCCCACAGGAGCCCCUGCGAGACGCGGCCAUCAGGUUCAUCGGGAUGGCCGGGUGGUGCCUGAGAGGGCAGGAGGAAGAGCUCCAGAUCAUCAGUGAGGCCCUCGAAGAUAUGGCAGAUGACAGCAGCCCUGCCAUUAGAAACCUUUCAGCUGAAACAGCGUUCAUCCUCCGGGCGGUACAGGCAGCUCCCUACUCCUCAUUGCGGAAGUUGCAAGACCAAAUCCGCAGGGUGUGCAAGAGACGGCCUCGUCUGUGCGGCAGUGCCUGGCUGUGCUGCUGGAGCUCUGCAGAGAGAUGAUCUUGUAGGCUCUGCCUGUGGAGCCAUCUGAACCAGCAAGGCAGCUGGAUUUUUCCUUUCUUUAAGUUUGUUCUCCUUUUUGUUUUAUAAUAAAUAUAGAAAUAUAGGAUGUGUUGCAAUAG